CUCUGUCUCAGGCCCAAAAAAAAAAAAAUAUGGAAGAACUUUGACCUCUUUAGAGAUCACAAAUUACUACAUCGGAGAAGACAAGUUCAUCAGAAAAUAAAACUUGGUAGGAAGACGAGGAAGGGAAGGCUAUCUCAUCAUUUCUGGUUCUCUAGCUCUAUUUCCGAAUUCUUCCAUAUUCACUCAAAAUAUCAUUGAUCAAACAUACGACUUGCUAUCUGUAUUUGAAAACUCAAACAUAAGAGGAUGGAGGUGGUAACUGAUAGAAAUGAAGGAUGCGACCAUAUCAGUAUCGAUGAGCAAGUGUUAUCAAAUUCACUUGCAAAACGUUUGAAACACAAAUUGGAAAAGCUGUCUCCUUUGUCACCUGAAUGCUGUAUAUAUCGAGUUCCUGCAGAACUACGUGUUGGCAAUGAAAAAUCCUUCAAUCCUCAAGUUAUUUCAAUCGGUCCUCUUCAUCACAACAAUGACAAGCUCAAAGACAUGGAAGAACAUAAAAUGAGAUUCUUGAAAGACUUUCUCUCUCGAGCUCAGGUUGGUGUGGAUGACUGUGUCGAACUUUUGAAGAAGAAAGAAGGGCAGUUGCGAAAUUGCUAUGCAGAUCCAAUUGAGUUGGAUAGUGACAAGUUUAUUGAGAUCAUUCUGAUAGAUGCAGCUUUUAUUGUUGAAGUUUUCCUGAGAAAUAGUUCUGGUAACGAGGUUCAGAAUCAACAUGAUCAUUUUUUUGGCAGACCAUGGAAGCUAAGGUUCAUUAAGAAUGAUAUGCUUUUACUGGAAAAUCAAGUUCCUUUCUUCAUCAUUCAGGACAUACUUUCACUCACUGGAUCAUCCAUUCCCAUAAAGAAUGAUGUUAGGCUUUCAGCAAUCAAGCUGACGUAUGAGUUUUUCAAAACAAGAAUGUAUCUGAAAGAUAUUGAUAAUUUCAAUGCUGUAGAAAAAGUAGGUCAAUCUGAGAUACAACACUUCGUUGAUUUUGCAAGAAUUUGUCACAUGCCACAAGAGAUGCCCCACAAAAGUAAACUAAAGUCUCUUACUAUACCUACUGCAACACAGUUACACCAAGCAGGGGUGAAGUUCAAGGUGAAGCAAAGUAGGGAUCUUUUUGAUAUACAGUUCAAAGAUGGGAUCUUGGAGAUUCCACGCUUGAGAAUAAAUGAUGCUAUGGAGAAUUUUCUAAGGAAUCUCAUUGCAUAUGAAAAUUACCAUUUGAAAGACAAUUAUGUGAAAGACUAUGUCUUCAUCCUCGAUCGCCUUAUCGACACGGCUGAUGAUGUAGAAAUGCUUGCUCAGAAUGGGAUUAUUGAAUCAAAGUUAGCAGGUAAUCAAGAGGUUGCUUCUGUCAUCAACAAGCUAUCUCCAGGAAUAACUCUGGUCAGAUUCAAUUUCUACUUCUCUGAUCUGUGCAAGGAGCUGAAUGAUUACUACAGAGUGCCUUGGCAUAAAUGGAAGGCAACACUAAAACAGGACUACUUUACUAAUCCAUGGGCCAUUAUCUCUGUAAUUGCAGCAAUUGUUCUUCUUGGACUCACCAUAGUGCAAACAUUUUAUGCAGUGGCCUCUUACAAUUAAGUUUGCUUUGAUUGUUUGAGAACUUGAUGCAAGUUGGUUUUUGAGAUGUUAGAGGUUUAUGAAGACAUAUGUAGCUAGAUAAAUUUAUAUUUGGAUUUUAUAAAAAUUAGCUGAGCAUGGUUGUUGAGAAUUUGCCAUGUACUGUGCUGUUUUGAGCUUUUGGGAUUAAUUAUUAGUCUUGAGCAUUUUUUGUUAA